GGCAUUAAAGUGUCGGUGGACGAGAGAUCGCAAAAUCGUUUGGAAAUUCUCUGUUAUUUUCCCUUGUUUGUUCUCGAAGCUUAUUGUCAGAAUCAUAGAUUGUAUUUACUUCGAGUCCGCGUUUCAGGCGACUCUCGAUGCCAUCGUAGAGGGAGAAAUUUGAGCAGCAUGCCCAUUCCCCUAUUGGUUAAUCGUGCAAACUUUUCUAGUGCCGCAGUUCGAAUUGAGAAGUGAAACCGAGAAGUUGUAGAUACUCGGUGCCGAUCAAGUUUCUCAAGUUUUUUUUUAUCGUUGGUGUAAUUCACUGCGACAAGUGUAAUACAAUAGUAUCAUUGAAUCCUGGUUACGGAACAAAGAUUUUACGCACUGUGAAUAUCAUACGGAAAGAUCGAGCGAACAACUGCCUUUACCAGUGGAUAUAAUCCUUUCGUACAGUGUCGUGAGAGGAUAAGAAAAAAAUAAUUACAGUAUCAGAGAAGGAUUCGGUUUGCUGAAAGAGCAAUGCUUGCUCAAAGCGGUUCGUCACAGCAUUGUGUUGCAAACCGCGAAGAGUAGACGUAAAAAAUAUUUACAAAUUGACACGUGUUUCACAAAUCUAAUCGAACAGUAUGGCAAGCGUAAAUUUGCCACAGUGUUCGCCAGCAAAAUCGGCGCUGAGUUGUUGCCAGGGCGAGGAUGGAAGUAACGAGAAUGUGCGAGUUCAUCAUUCGAGUAAUAACAAUUAUCUCAUCCAGGAGAAACAUUCCUUUCCGAAACGACCCGAAGUUGACUUGGCAUUCAAGAACGUCAGAUACGAAGUGAAAGAGUGGAAUGUUCGGAACGUGAUUCCAGUAACGAAAGAAAUCCUUCACGGCGUCAGCGGUGAAUUCAGAGCCGGGGAAUUGGCUGCAAUUAUGGGUCCGUCGGGUGCCGGAAAAUCAACAUUGUUGAACGUGCUUGCCGGCUUCAACGUUCAUGGUGCGGCGGGUGAAAUUUUGGUGAACGGAAGGGUGCGCGUCGCUCACAGUGAGAGAUGGCGACGAACUUCCUGCUACAUCCAACAGGACUCGCAUCUUCGCGCAGGUUUAACGGCUGGAGAGGCAAUGAGCCUAGCAGCGCAUCUCAAACUUGGCUACACAAUCAGCUCGGCUUACAAGCACACGCAGGUAUUAGAGCUUCUCGAAAUGCUUGGCCUGAACCACUGCUACGAAACACUUUGCGGUCGGCUGUCCGGUGGGCAGAAAAAGAGGCUUGACAUAGCCCUUGAACUUCUCAGCAAUCCCCCGGUAAUCUUUCUCGACGAACCUACAACAGGUCUCGAUUCGGCAUCGUGCAGCCAGUGCAUAGCGCUUUUGCAAAGGUUGGCCAAAGUGGAGAAGCGCACGGUGAUUUGCACAAUUCACCAGCCGAGCGCGUUACAGUUUGAGAUGUUCGAUUCUCUUUACGCUCUCUCCGACGGCCAGUGUAUUUACAGGGGACCGGUUCAAUGUUUGGUACCUCAUCUCUCCUCCAUCGGAGCACAGUGUCCGUCUUAUCACAACCCCGCCGAUUUUUUGAUGGAGGUGGCGAUUGGCGAGUAUGGUAUUACGGUGGACAGUUUAGCGAUGGCAGUGAACCAGUCGUCUUGGGAUUACAAAAAACCAGCAAUCACGGACUCCAAGCCUAAUGCUGAAAUUGUUCCAACACCAGUUACCAAGGAGCCGCCACCCCCGGCUGGCUUUCUCGCCCAGUGUUUUCUCCUGUACAGACGUAAACUGCUCUGCAUCAAGAGGGAUUAUAAUUUACUGGUCGUACGAUUGCUGUGUCAUUUAUUUAUCGGCGUGAUAUUUGGCUACCUCUACAGAGGAAGCGGUUAUCGAGCCAACGGCGUUCUCGCCAACUACGCAUACCUCUACGGAUCAUUGCUGCUGAUCGUAUACACGGGGAAGAUGGCUGUUACCUUAGCUUUUCCAUUGGAGAUGCAGAUACUCACGAGGGAGCACUUCAACCGAUGGUACCGACUCGCUCCGUACUACAUCAGUACCUUGAUGUUCGAGGUACCUUUUCAGGCCGCGUGUGCUGCCACUUAUUUGGCAGUCAGCUACUGGCUCACAGGCCAACCGAUUGAGUCGCACCGAAUUUUGUCCUUUCUGGUCGUCAGCAUAGCUGCGAGCCUUACUGCUCAGGCCUGGGGCUUCUUUAUCGGAGCAACGACGCCAGUCAGGAUUGCCGUGUUCGCCGGGCCCAUAAUUGCAGUGCUCUUUUCGGUCUUCGGUUUCUGCAUACGCUACAUGGACACGCCGUCUUACUUCCGUUGGAUCUUUCACAUAUCCUACUUCAGAGCCGGAUUUCACAGUCUCUUGUACACUGUUUACGGUUUCGGAAGAAAAGACUUGAGCUGCGACGACAUUUACUGUCAUUAUCAGAAGCCCAACAUAUUUCUCAACGAAAUGGAAAUCAACGACACAAACGUUGUCAACAAUUUUGUACUUAUAGUCGUAAUUGGCGUGUUGAUGCACUUGCUCACGGCUAGUGCUUUGUGGUGCAAGUUAAACCGGAGAUAAGAACUGUUAUGCGCAUAAUAUAUGGCUUUGAUUUCAGUCGAUACUUCACAGGAGUUCUUCUAUUCUACGUUGUUUUAUGUUUGACGAGAUGAGUUUUUAUAAUUUGAAAUCAUUUCGAACGGAAUAAGUGACACGAUGACCUCGAUUCAGGAUAAUUCUCCAAUCGUGGCUUACGAAGAAAUAUUUGUAUAAUGUAUAACGUGCAAGUAUUUUCAUAAUGAUCGUUGUCAUAGUACAUCAAUUUCUGAUACCACACCGGUUAAAAAUCUUAUUGGCAAAGUUGGUCUAAUCCGUGUCAAAGGAUUGCAUCGAAAUACUAGAUAUUCAAUUGGAAUUUCAUUAUAUAUUAUUUUCUUUCGCGUAUGAUCGUUGCGAUUUUUCAGCAAGUAAAGAGAGCUGUUUUUCUAAUUGACAAAUGAUCGUAAUUAUUAUCGACGCAGCGGCGAUUACAUAUCGUGUGAAUAUUAUUGAUAUAACAGAGAUCGCUAGGUUAACAGUAAGAUACUAGUUGUGAGAACCACUCAAGUGCUUUAAAAACUAUUUCUUAUCCUAUAGUUCUAUCGUAUAAGCAUAACAUCACCGUGCAUAGAUUACAAUUCAUAAGUUGUGCAUUUUUUCGCGAGGUAAAGAAGUGAGAAAUUUUACAGGGUGAUGCGUUCCUCGAUUUGUAGGCAUAUAUUGUGAUAGCGAGAUAAAUUUAUGAUAAUCCAAAAUUCAAACGAAGGCGUUGAUUUACGUAUUUUUGUAUUGUUCGCAUAUUAUUAAAAUAUAAUGAAAUUAAAUUAUUACAAAAGUU